CGACUCUCUCCCGCCCUCCGCAAUUAUUGCUUAGAUAAUGACCAACAAAGUCACCGAGUUUGUUGCACCAUACGGGACACUCCCACACGUCCCAGACGACGUGACGCUUCCACAAUUCAUCCUUGACUCCUGGCAUCCUACGCGGCCAGUAAACAAGAAUGCGAACCCAGUCCUCAUCGAGGACUCUACAGGACGUGGAGUACAUUUCUCAGAGAUCCGCGCGAGAACAUUUGGUCUUGCUAAUGAAAUGAAGGCUCGCUGGAACAUUGGCGAGGAUCAGGUUGUGUGCAUCUUCAGCCCAAAUCACGUCGAUUAUGCCGCCGCACUCUGGGCUGUCCAUAGACUAGGCGGUAUCGUCACUACGGCGAAUCCGAAUUACACAGCGGACGAGCUACUUUACCAGCUGCAGCUCACGAAUGCCCGUGCUAUCUUAACCCAUUCUGGGAGCAUUUCGGUCGCAGAAGAGGCCUGCCGACAAGCAGGCAUCCCAUCCGAUCGGAUAGUUGUCUUAGAUUCACCCACUGGGUACUCUGGACCUUAUUGCACUCUCGAGGGUAUUAUCCAGGUGGGCCUAUCCAAGCAUCCUCAAUAUAUUGAGCGGCGACUGGGACCUGGCGAGGGCAAGACAAAAAUUGCACUACUGAGCUUCUCCAGCGGUACGACUGGGCGACCAAAGGCUGUAGCGGUCCCUCAUUAUGCCGUCUUGGCGAAUGUCAUUCAGAUGGCAUAUUACGGCCAAGCGAACGAGAUCUAUGGUUCUGCCACGAGAUACCGGCCCGGACAGGUCGUCCUUGCUGUCCUUCCCUUUUAUCAUAUUUACGGGCUAGUUGUUGUCAUGCAUUUCUACAUCUUCGUUGGGUUUUCCCUGGUCGUUAUGCCGCGCUUUACCUUAGAGGACAUGCUCAAAGACAUCCAACAAUACCAUAUAAACCACCUACUGAUUGUGCCUCCCAUGGUCGUCCUACUCGCAAAGAGUCCCAUCGUCAAGAAUUACGAUCUUACAUCCGUGACCUUCUGCAUGUCAGGCGCCGCCCCAUUAUCCGCGGAGCUCACCCGUCAAUACUGCGAGAGGCUGCCGAACUCCGCCAUCGGCCAGGGUUAUGGCAUGACAGAGACCGCGACGGCGAUUACUUUCCCGCAGAUAGACAUGCACGUCGCGACCCUAGGAAGCGGGGGUCAGCUGCUGCAAGGCAAUACCUGUCGAGUCCUUAAGUCGGACGGAACAUACGCUACGUACAAUGAGCCAGGGGAGUUGUUCAUUAAGGGUCCGACGUUGGCGCUGUGCUACUUCAACAAUGAAGAAGCAACGAAGGAGACCUUUCUAUAUUUCGACGGAAAGCCCGAUAGAUGGGUUCGUACCGGCGAUGAAGUCAUGUUCAAUGAAAAAGCCGAGAUAUUCGUGCUCGACCGGCUAAAGGAGAUCAUGAAGGUUCGAGGCUUCCAAGUUGCCCCAGCCGAGCUCGAAGGACACCUCCUCCACCAUCCGGACGUUGGCGAUGCUUGUGUUGUCGGCGUUCCCGACGAAUACAGUGGCGAGGUUCCGCUCGCGUUCAUCGUGCCUUCUCACGAUGCGCAAGAGCGUAUGAAAAAGGAUGCGGCCGAAGAGGGUAGGAUCAAGCUUGCUCUGAUGAAGCACGUUGCCGACCACAAAGUCCACUACAAGAAGCUUGCUGGUGGAGUCUACUUUGUAGAAUCUAUUCCAAAGAACCCCAGCGGCAAACUGCUCCGGAGAUUUCUGCGUGACAAGGCGAGAGAACUCAAGGUGCAGGCGGCGGCGGCAGAGAAGGCCAGGCUAUAAUUCGCAGGUUCAUUUCAAGCUUCGUUUCAAGCUCGGCCUGCUGGUUACUCCCGAGCUUGCGAUCUUCAAGUUCGCGGGCGGAUCUUUUAUUUGGCAUAGAGCGUACAUCCUAUAGCUUUUCUAUAUUUCUUCUAAUGAGUCGGACCUUACACCAUUGUGUUU